AUGAACGACGCCGACCUGGGCGACAACAUCGACGAGCGCAUCGGCCAGCUCGAGGAAUCGAAGCGCCAGCGCGACAAGCGCUUCGCCAACGAUGUCGCCCACCUCGACCCGAGCCGCUGGUGGUUCGCCUCCUCCGCUUUCCCCAUGAUCGCCGGCACCCUAGGCCCCGUCGCCUCCGCCUUCUCCAUCUGUGCCCUUGUCCGGCCCUGGCGUCAGCACUUCCCGCCGGGCACCGACAUCGCGGCCGCUACCUUUGUCGAGGACCCAAAGUGGUACGCUUCUUCCGUCUUUUGUCUAGUCGCUCAUACAAGCGUGCUCAUCAUCGUCAACGCCAUCCAGCUCACCAUAGCAAUCAUCUCCAAUGUCUUCCUCCUGCUCAACAUGGCCCGCCGCGUGCGCUUCUCCCUCGCGCAGCCCAUCACCAUCGCCGGCUGGUACAUCUCGGCCGUCUGCCUCAUCGCCCUCAACGCCACCGCCGCGGGGCCCCUCGUCAUCGAGCCCGCCGAGGAGUACAUCCUCUCCCAGGCCUUCUUCUACGGCCUGUUCGCCGCCAUCCUCUACUUCGUCACGGCCUCCCUCAUGGUCGUCACCGUCUACGGCGCCUACACCCACCACUACGCAAAGGACUUCCAGCUCACCACCGCCCAGCGCACCCUCAUGCUGCAGACCAUCCUCUUCCUCCUCUACCUGCUCCUCGGCGCCCUGGUCUUCUCCACCAUUGAGGGGUGGGCCUACCUCGACGCCGUCUACUGGGCCGACGUGACCCUCUUCACCGUCGGCUUCGGCGACUUCGCCGCCGCCACGCCCCUCGGCCGCGCCCUCCUCUUCCCCUACGCCCUCAUCGGCGUCAUCAGCCUCGGUCUCGUCAUCGGCUCCAUCCGCAGCCUCGUCCUCGAGCGCGGCCGCCGCCGGCUCGACGCCCGCAUGGUCGAGAAGAGGCGCCGCAAGCUCAUCCGCAAAAUGACCCGCAAGGGCAAGGACGAGAUUCUCAAGCCCAUCCAUCAGGACUCUGAGGGCUCGUCGCCCUCCUCGCUGCCCCUUACGGAGCUCGAACGCCGCGAAAGGGAGUUCUACCUCAUGCGCAAGAUCCAGGAGCAGGCCUCCGUCCGCCGCCGCUGGAUGGCCAUGUCCGUCUCCUUCUCCUCCUGGGUCAUCCUCUGGCUCGUCGGCGCAAAGGUCUUUCAGGAGUGCGAGCGGCCCUACCAGAACUGGACCUACUUUGAGGGCUUCUACUUCGCCUUCGUCACCCUCACGACCAUCGGCUACGGCGACCGCACCCCCAUCUCCAACGCGGGCAAGGCCUUCUUCGUCUUCUGGUCCCUGCUGGCGCUGCCGACCAUGACCGUCAUGAUCUCCAACGCCGGCGACACCGUCGUCAAGGCCGUCCGCGACGCCACCCUCGAGCUGGGUAACAUCACAAUCUUACCCGGCGAGCGCGGCUUCCGCAAAGACCUCAUGUCCCUUCUUCAUCGCCUCUCCUGCGGCGCUCUCUUGCAUCCCUCCGAGAAAGACGAAGAGUCGGAGGCCGAAGAUGAAGAAGAGGAUAACGGACUCCCGCCAGGCUUCCUCUCCAACGCCCACCGCCAACGUCAAUCUUCCUCCGAAGAAGACGGCGACACCGACAAGGCCGAAUCCUACUCCACCGACCGGAAACGCUCACAGAGCGCUCAGCAGUCAUCGCCAGACGCCGACCGCGAGAAACAACGAGGCCAACAGCAGCCUCGCCGCCGCCCCUUCUCCCGCAUCCGCUCCCCCACCACCCCGCUCCCGUCCUCCCGCGCAGACUACCACUACCUCCUCAUCUCCGAAAUCGCCGCCGUCCGGCAGCACGCAAAAGAGAAGCCCGCGCGGCGGUACAGUUUCGCCGAGUGGGCGUGGUACCUGAAGCUCAUCGGCGAGGACGAGUCCAGCGCCGCGACGCACCGCAAAGCGCGCCCGCACAUCCACUCGAAAAAGAAACACAAGAACAGGAAGAACGCCGCCGACGACGUCGACGAGGGCGGCGAGUGCCCCGACGAAGACAAGUGGUCCUGGGUCGGCUCGCAGUCGCCGCUGAUGGGCAGCCAGGAGGAGGCCGAGUGGAUCCUGGACAAGCUCACGGAGAAGCUGCGCGACGAGCUCGAUGCCGUGCGGGCCGAGGAGAUGGAGAAGAAGAGCACGGCGGAGAGGGAGCGUGGGCUGGAGGACGAGAAGAAGGGGAGGGAGGAGAUUCAAGACAUGGUUCGCAAGUGA